GACCUCAAUUUUUCGGGGUAUUUUUUUCUGAGACAGACAGCGGCUGGCGGCGCCAUAUUGAAAGAAGAAAAUUGUUCCAUAAAACGCUAAAAACGUCGAAUUUGCCGCCAUGUUGUACCUCGAAGAUUACCUCGAGAUGAUCGAGCAGCUUCCCAUGGAUCUCCGCGACAGGUUUACGGAAAUGAGAGAGAUGGACCUGCAGGUUCAGAACGCCACAGAUCAGCUGGAGCAGAAAGUGAUCGAGUUCUUCGUCAAUGCAAAGAAGAACAAACCUGAGUGGAGGGAUGAGCAGAUGGAGGUCAUUAAAAAGGAUUACUACAAAGCUUUAGAGGACGCCGAUGAGAAAGUUCAGCUGGCCAAUCAGAUCUAUGACCUGGUGGACCGUCACCUGCGUAAACUGGACCAGGAGCUGGCCAAGUUUAAGAUGGAGCUGGAGGCCGACAACGCCGGCAUCACAGAGAUCCUGGAGAGAAGGUCUUUAGAGAUGGACAGUCCGUCUCAGCCGGUCAACAACCAUCACGUCCACUCUCACACGACAACUGAGAAGAGGAAGUACAGCGCUCCGGCUCAUCACACCACAGAACACGUUCCAGAGAAGAAGUUUAAAUCUGAAGCUCUGCUGUCCACGCUGACGUCCGACGCCUCCAAGGAGAACACACCAGGCUGCCGUACCAACAGCACAUCCUCGUCCACUAACAAUGUGUACAGUGUGAACUCCUCUCAGCCUCUGGCCUCCUACAACCUGAGCUCUCUACCUGCCGGGCCCGGUGCCGGAGCCGGGGCCAUCACCAUGGCUGCAGCUCAGGCUGUGCAGGCCACCGCACAGAUGAAGGAGGGUCGCAGGACGUCGAGCCUCAAAGCGAGCUAUGAGGCGAUCAAAAACAACGACUUCCAGCUGAGCAGAGAGUUCAAUCUGUCCAGAGAAAACUCUGGAUACUCCUCCUCCGCCCUCGCCUCCACCCUCACACAGACCCUCACCCCGACCACCGCCUCCGACUCCAGGGGCCGCAAGUCCAAAAGCAGCAUCAAGUCUUCCAACCAUCAGUCGUCCUCGUCGUCCUCCUCCUCCUCUCUCUCCUCCUGCUCCUCCUCCUCCGCUCUGGCUCAGGAACUCUCCCAGCAGGCCUCAGCCCUGCCCGAGGCAGAGGCCAACAGCCAGGUGGACUGGACCUACGAUCCCAACGAGCCCCGAUACUGCAUCUGUAACCAGGUGUCUUACGGAGAAAUGGUGGGCUGUGAUAACACAGAUUGUCCCAUCGAGUGGUUUCAUUACGGCUGUGUGGGUCUGACCGAGGCUCCUAAAGGGAAGUGGUUCUGUCCUCAGUGCACAGCUGCCAUGAAGAGGAGGGGCAGCCGACACAAAUAGACUCCACCCACCACCUGUCCGUCUGUCUGUCUCUGUGUGUGUCGGCCAUGUUGGAUUUAAACGUAAAACACACCCAACCAGCUCCUGCAGAGGUCAGGGGUCAUCAGGCACAGAGUGAGGGAUUCAAGUCGCAGACAAGUCUGAGUCAUGAGAUUAUAACCUGAAAUAUGAUGUCACGGCUCAGAGAUUCAUCUUUAUUCACCUGAACGUGAGUCAUGUUAACUCUUCUGACAAACAUGACUCCAUCUGACAGAUUCAAGUCUGAAAAUCAACUUGAGAGUUGAUUCUGAGUUUAAUCUCAGAUGUUCACAGUUUAACAUCGCCUCGCUCAUCGGGUGGUUUUCUGAAACGUCGUUCACAUCACAGCAUGAAAACUCUAACCAGGAUGGACCUCGUGCUGGAUCUGAUCAUCUGGAUUAUCAAAGACCUGAACCGGCUGAAUGGUCAGAAAGUGAAUAAAAAAUCAUCUCUGAACACGACGGAAACAUCCGGGGGAAUCUCAGUGUUCGUUUUUUUGUUUUUGUUUUUUUUAAAGAGGAGAGGUUUACCUUCAGUCUGAAGACCACCUGACAGCUCACCUGGACCGAGGAGCGGGAGCGUCCACGUCAUGACAUGCUAAAAAACUCACUCCAGUUUUUGUUUACAAACUUUUUAUUAAUUUUUUGUUUUAAAAGUGAAAAUAUUUCUUCGUUCAUCAAAGAGCUACAGUAAAAUUUUUCCCAUGAGGCCGUGCUCCUCCUCCGCCGCCUCCUCUGUGUUGGAGCAGAAAAAAAACUACAAAUUAACUGUUGGGACUACAACUACAGAAACCUGGUCGACCCAAACAUCGAGUGAACUGACGGAGUUGAUUCUUCACCUCCAACGUUUAAAUACAAGUUUCACUACGAGCAGCAGAAAUGUAUGUGUUGUGUGUGUGUGUGUGUGUUGCUGUAUAUGUGUGUGUGUUACUGUGUGAAUGCCUGUUACUGUGUGUGUGUUGCUGUAUGUGUGUGUUUGUUUCCUGGUUGUUUAAACUUAAAGUCCAAUAAAGUGAUGAAGAUGUUUUGGUA